AUGCCCGCGAAGCGCAAGAUCGAGGAUGUCGACGUGAGCGGCAAGCGCGUCUUCAUGCGCGUCGACUUCAACGUGCCCCAGGACAAGGCGGACCCGACGAAGAUCACCAACACUCAGCGCAUCGACGGCGCGCUCCCCACGAUCAAGUACGCCCUCGAGAAGGGGGCGAAGUCGGUCGUCCUUGCCUCGCACUUGGGGCGCCCCGACGGCUGCGUGGUGGAGAAGUUCUCGCUGGCGCCGGUGGCGAAGAUCCUGGGGGAGAAGCUCGGCAAGCCGGUCACGUUCCUGAAGGACUGCUGCGGCUCAGAGGUCGAGGCGGCGUGCGCCGAGCCGGCGAGCGGGUCCGUGAUCCUGCUGGAGAACCUGCGCUUCCACGUCGAGGAGGAGGGCAAGGGCGUCGACGCCGAGGGCAACAAGGUCAAGGCCGACAAGGGCAAGGUGGCAGAGUUCCGCGCCUCCAUCCGCAAGCUGGCGGACAUCUACUGCAACGAUGCCUUCGGGACCGCGCACAGGGCCCACAGCUCCAUGGUCGGGGAGGGGUACGACGUCAAGUGCUCCGGGUUCCUGAUGGCCAAGGAGCUGGACGCCUUUGCCAAGGUGCUGGACACCCCGUCCAAGCCGGUCUUGGCCAUCCUGGGCGGCGCCAAGGUGUCGGACAAGAUCCAGCUCAUCAUGAACAUGCUCGACAAGGUCGACAAGCUCAUCGUCGGCGGCGGCAUGGCCUACACCUUCCUGAAGGUGAACGACGGCAUGGCCAUCGGCACCUCCCUCUACGACGAGGAUGGCGCCAAGAUCGUGCCUGAGAUCAUGGAGAAGGCCAAGAAGCUGGGCGUGGAGAUCGUGCUGCCGGUGGACUUCGUGAUCUCCUCGAAGUUCGGCGAGGACGGCGAGAUCAAGGCGGCCACGAAGGAGGACGGCAUCCCUGACGGCUUCAUGGGCCUGGACUGCGGCCCCAAGUCCGUCGAGAUGAACGCGGCGGCAGUGGCCGCGUCCAAGACCAUCCUGUGGAACGGGCCGAUGGGCGUGUUCGAGAUGUCCAAGUUCGAGGCUGGCACGAAGAAGCUCAUGGACGCCGUUGUCCAGGCCACCGCGGCUGGCGUCAUCACCGUCAUCGGGGGCGGCGACACGGCCACGGCGUGCAAGAAGUACGACACCGAGGACAAGGUGACCCACUGCAGCACCGGAGGAGGCGCGAGCCUGGAGCUCCUGGAGGGCAAGGUCCUGCCAGGCGUCGACGCCCUGAACAGCGCUUAA